GAUUGAAGGUGUAUUACAGUGUAUUAUUAAUAUAUAUAUUCGAACCGAGAUGUUGACUUUGGAGGUUAUGGCGAUGUGUGUAAAAUCUAAAAUAAAUCUAUAAGUUUAUGUCUUUUGAUUCAGGGAUACAAAAAAGAUAGUCUUUUUUGGCGGCUUUUAUUUAACAACUAAAUAUUGGUACAUUAUAACAGAAAAUGUUGUUCGACGACUUUAAACCGAUUGUGGACACUGUUUUGAAUAACUGGACCGCUCUGCAACUGGCUGUAGAGCACGGAAUGGGCGCUCCUGGCGGUAACCAGACUGCACAGCUUAUGUCAGUGUAUGUGACAAGGUUCUGUGUUGAAAAUAUUGUGGAUGCUGAUGAACUAACUGAAGUGUUAGAAGAUUUGAUGGAUGAAGAAUUUGAGACUGUGUGUCAUGAUAACUCACCUAGAGAAGUUGCAAUCCUGCUAUUGAGUUUUCUUAAUUUGUUAAAAGAUGGUCAUCAUGAAGAACUCAGAAAUAGAAUUGAAGCAAUGCCGAAAUGUCAAAAAUGGUUGAGUGCACCAAUACCAGAUAAUUCAGCUCCACCCCAAAGCCACGGCAACCCUGAUGAUGAUACAACCAGUAGCAGUGGUGAGGAUGAUGAGAGUAAUAUGAAUGAUACCUCUAAUAGUAAUAUAGCAGCUGAACCUAUGGAUGAGGGUGAACCUGGCUGGACAGUUGUAAGGACACGAAGGAAAAAAUAAUGUUUAGACUUCGUACAUAAAGUAUAUAAGUCAUUUUAAUAUAAGGUGCAUUACUUGAUUGGAGUUAGAGGUUAUAACUGAAUUAGUUGUAGUUUUUAGUGAAAUUUGUAUCUCUUGAACCAGACUAUAAGGGAUAAUAAUUACAUCAAGUGAUAUAUAUUUGGACAGAUCUAGUAUAACUCAUCUCUCUUAUGAGGUUAAUGGUAAUUCUAGCUCUAUUUUACAUAUCUGUAGUUUGAGAAUGCACCUUUAUAUUGUUAUUUGUUAUUGUUAUUUCAAAAUGACUAGGUUAACACAAGAGUUUAUUAAUUAGAUGCAAAAAGUUAAAAGAUUGAAUGUCAGUGCCUUGUAUUUUAUAAACAAGACACAACACAUUUACUUAAACCAGGACAUUGACCAUAAUCUAUUUUAGAAGUUAGAGUAAUUAUUAAACUUUGUUAUAUAAUUCAGUAAAGUAAACGCAUUUAGUAUAUCCACCCAUUAAUUUAUUUUCAUAAAAGACAAAUGAAUAAUAAAUAGUAGUUUCUCUUAAAUUGUAUUAAUAGCAAGACUAUGACUACAAUGCAUACUAUUACAUAGACAGCAUUCAAAUUCAAUUUCUAGGUGGGAUUGAUGACUAAUCCUAGUUUAAUGUUUUAUACACUAUAGUAUCAUAGUAAAAUCAGUGAAAUCAGUACAAUAUUAUUAUAGCCAAAUGGUAGUGUCAAAAGUGUGAAUUGAAUAUGAUACAUUUCACCAAAA